AUGCCGCUCGAUACGAUAUAUCUCACACGCCACGGACAUCGUUUGAGCUGGACGAUUGACUUCCGCACUGGUACCUACAGAUCGCAAUUCCCCACGCCAACGGGGAACCCAGCAGACCCAGCCCUAACGUCGCAUGGCGUUCGGCAAUCGCAUGAGCUAUCAGCUCAUAUUACGAGUCCGGAAUUCCACCCUAAACCAUUCCGUGUAUAUUCAAGUCCGUUUUACCGAUGUCUCCAGACCAUACAACCCUCCGUGGAGGCUCUGAAGAAGAAGAAGCAGAAUGAGUCCAGCUCCUUGGAAAAGUCUGUGGGAGAUCAUGCUCAGCUGGAUCCGGCCGCGGACUUUGAUGUGAGGAUCGAGAAUGGUCUCGGGGAAUGGUUCGGACCCACGACCUUUUUCGACCACCCUUCGCAUCCCACCCCAGGCAUGAUGCAAACUCACUUUCCAAGCAUUCUCCCCGCUUCCCCAGAAACCAAGUACACACCUCUCCUGCACCCAUCUACCCGCGGCGAGACCAUCGCCCAACUCCACGACCGCGUCGCAACCGCGCUCGAAGGGAUCAUCGCCGACGUGGACGCAGAGAUCACCGCCCUCGAGGCACAUCUGCCCCAAGACCAACGAACCAGCAAGUCCAUUCUCAUGUGCGCACAUGCCGCACCUCUGAUCGCCAUGGGCCGAGUGCUCACGGGGAAUAUGCCCGAGGACUCGUCUGAGGAAGAUUUCUUUGUCUUCACCGCUGGAAUGAGUACUUUCAAAAGACGGAUGAUUCGGGACAGAGAUCAGAGUCGGCCGUUGUCUCUGCUGGCUGAUGGGACUAGGUUCGUUCGUUGCGAGGGUGUUCCUGCCUGGGAGGAUGGUCGGGGAGUCGGAGGUGGAUGGACUUGUGUCAAGAAUGGAGAUUGUACCUUCUUAAGCGACGGUGCUGAGCGUGGAUGGCACUUCAACGGUGAUGAAUCUUUCGAUACUGGUGUCAUGGCACCGCCGUCUGAGCCCCCUGCUUUAGCAUCUUCCUCGCCUGCGGAGUCGGUGCGCUCCACAAGCAAGCUCUAG